AUGAGCACCCAGAGGAGAUCGGUUCUCAAAGGUUUCCAGCCAUGGAGAGACGUAAGCACUGUGACAUUUGAUGGUGUGAGUGACAGAGAAGCUGUUAUCUCAGAGGAACAGUGUGGAGAUGAGGAGCUAUAUGUUCAUGGUGUGUGGACAGUUCUGGACCAGGUGGAACUGGGUGACAACGGCACUGGACCUCAAAGUGCACAGGAGUCUAGGACUGAAACCUUCACAGUGGAAGAUGCAGUUGAAGCUGCGGGCUUUGGAAGGUUUCAGUGGAAACUUUCUAUGCUCACUGGAUUGGCAUGGAUGGCAGAUGCCAUGGAGAUGAUGAUUCUCAGUGUCCUGGCACCUCAGCUCCGCUGUGAAUGGAGACUUCCAAGCUGGGAGGUGGCGCUAAUCACAUCGAUUGUGUUUGUUGGGAUGAUGAUCAGCUCUUCUCUCUGGGGAAACAUAUCUGACAAGUAUGGCAGAAGAGUGGGGUUGUCUCUGUGUAUGACAUGGACACUGUACUAUGGUCUUCUCAGUGCCUUUGCCCCAGUUUAUGGCUGGAUUCUAGUUCUCCGUGGUCUGGUGGGAUUUGGAAUUGGAGGAGCACCUCAGUCGGUGACAUUGUACUCUGAAUUUCUGCCUGCCAAGUCAAGAGCUACCUGUAUAAUGCUAAUUGAGGUAUUCUGGGCGCUUGGUACAGUUCUAGAGGUGUUGCUGGCCAUGCUGAUAAUGCCCACACUCGGCUGGCGCUGGUUGCUUGGUCUGUCCACCCUGCCUCUCAUUAUCUUUGUUGCCUCGUCCUGUUGGCUUCCAGAGAGUGCCCGGUUUGAUGUGCUCACAGGAAACCAGGAGAAAGCUAUGAGGACUCUGAACCGAAUAGCUAAAGACAAUGGAAGGAUACUGCCUCAGGGCAGACUGGUAAUGGCCAGCCAGGAGGAACGGGGUAAGGUCAGAGAUCUUUUCAUUCCAGAGUACUACAGAACGACCAUUUUGCUUUGGCUCAUCUGGUUCUGCAAUGCUUUCUUGUACUAUGGUUUGGUGCUGCUUACGACUGAAUUGUUCCAGGUAGAUGAUGUGUGUCAUGUGUCCAAAGAUGUCAAGACGGAGCCACGUUGCAGAUUGGGGUGCAAAACCUUGACAAUGGAUGACUAUAAAGACCUUCUAUGGACGACUUUGGCUGAGUUUACAGGUCUGUUUGUGGUCCUUUGGGUGGUUGAUCGGCUAGGCCGGAGGAAAAGCAUAGUUCUGUGUUUCUUCAUUUUUGCCUUGUGCAUUCUGCCCCUUUAUGCCUGUACUGGAAGAACAGUCCUCAUUGUGUUUAUUUUCUUAGCGAGAGCCGCUAUCACAGCAGGCUGGCAGGUGGUCUUUGUUUACACCCCUGAGGUGUACCCCACAGCUACAAGGGCUAUUGGGAUUGGUACCAGCAGUGGGAUGGCUAGGGUGGGGGCACUUCUCACACCUUUUAUCGCACAGGUGUUACUGGAGACCUCGGUUUAUCUUACUCUGUCAGUUUAUUUCCUCUGCUCUAUACUGGGCAUGGCAGCAACCUGCGCUUUGCCCAUAGAAACAGCAGGUCGGGCCCUUCAAGAGUCAACCCGCAUAACUAGAGGACCAGAGGCUAGACACCAGAGUUCUUAG